AUGCAAAAACAGGAAACCCACAACAAAGCCCCCAGCUCAGGCCCAUAUCUGACCACUGCACACUGGCUGAUCUCCCACCUGCAGCAGUCGACUCUCCUUAACUUUGAGACUGACUUCCAGCUGACCUCAGCACAGACAUCCGCUUCAAAGACCCUCACCAUCGUCACCCACCCAGCACCAGUCUCUGAGAUGGAGAGAUCAAGAGCUGUUCUCCUCACUCUCGCCUGUGUUUUGUUCUCCAGGACCUCUGGAACAGAAGUGGAGAUGAGAGUCAGACCAGGAGACAACGUGGUCCUCUAUAGUGACUGUGUUUGGAAGAUUGGAAUAACAGUGUGGUUAACAAAUUCCUCCAAUGAGCAGCAGCCUCCUCUUAUUAUAACUCCAGAUGAUUUGAAACAGGGAGCUUUUUCCCAUCAUGCUUUUGUGUGGAAUCACUACAAUGGAACUCAUGAUCUGCUGGUGAAGAACGUCACUGAAUCAGACCUGGGUUUGUACUACUGCGCUCGCCGACAGAGAAAGCUCACUGCAGCUGGAGAUUUACAACAUGUUUACCAUUAUGGAAACAGAACCACUCGACUCGCUCUCCUGGACUCGACUGCUCCUUGUGCUGAUCUCCAGACCCCCUCCACCCCUCCUGUAUCAGACUGUAGCGUCUGCUGGAAGCUGCUGGUCAGUGUGUGUCCUCUGUGUGUUCUCCUGUCCUCCACCUGUCUGUGCUGCAUCUGCAGACAAACAACUAAAGGUGAGAAGAAAGACAGUGAGGAGGAGGAUGAGAGGAAAGACCAUCAGAGUAGAACAAAAUAUGAGAUCGGAGGAGGAGGUGAUGUGAUUUAUGCUCUGCUGGACAUCACAAGCAGAGUCCAGCUGUCUGAUAUCUGUACAUAUUCAGAGGUCAUAUUUGAACAAAUGUAAAACUUUCUAACAUCUUUGUUUAGCAAACCAUUAACUGACCAUUAGAGGUCAUUAAUAAAGUAUUGGAUUUUGAAAAUGUAGAAAUGUUUAUAAAUGGUGGUAGUGUGUGUAUUCAUAUUUUUAGAUGAUGUACAUGGUGGUGUUUAUCUGUUCAUUAACAACAUAUAUGUUGACUAAUAAACAAUGAGUCCAACAUCA